AUGCGUAUUUCUCCUCCGGCAGUGCCAUCCGAGACGGACUAUCAGCAGGAACAGUGUUGGAACAAGUACUCCCAAUGUGAUGGCCUGGAGUUGCGUCUUGGAAACCUUUCGAGGGCGGGCAACUUUCAGCAGAGCAACUUCGACUCACAUGGAAAGUUCGCCCCUGACACGCCUCCACUGAUGCUUCAGGAACUGGAGUGGAAUAAUUUGUGGAGAAGUAAUCAGCUCCCUCUCUUCGAACGAAUCGAUACUCGAGCUGGUCUUCGCAUGUCUCUAGGGGAUAUGGUGGCUGGCAGUCUUCACCUCUUCUUGCAAAGAAAGCACUUGAAGAGAGUCGAAAACCUGAAGAAAUCUAUCCAGUUUGUACCCGUCCAAUUCCAGGAGUACAAGACGACAUCCCCGUCCGGUUUCAGCUUUAUGAAAGUGGAGGGCGUGAGCUGUGACCCAUCUAUUGGCAACUCCAUCACUUGGUCUUUUAAACCUCGACUGGAACAUGACCAGGAAAACACUAAGCCCAAGUCAUCACGCUUCGUUUCAAUCUGUGAGAAGUUGGCUCGCAGAUCCAGAGACACGUUACCAUCGUUUUGCCAGCAAAACACCGCAAACAUGUUUUCCUCGCUGCCAAUAUUACCGAAACUCCAAUACGGUUGCGAGGCGUACAACAGUUGCAGCCUGCUUUUCUCCAUGACGAGACUGUCAUCGCUGCUGUCUUCUGAAGUAUUGAAACUUACGAGCUUUUGUCCCGGCGUAAGUGCUCGUUGCAACAGCACAGUAUCAGAAGGUUCGUCGCUGCUUUGCCAGAUGACAUUGCUUCCGCUUUCGUCCAGGAGCAUUAUGGUUGCGCGAUUGGAAAUGCAGAGCCACCGGUCGCCUCUGUUUGCAGUUUUCGUGGACCAUACGACAUCACCGUCUUCUUCGACUUUAAGCUCUCCAUCUGUGGAUGACCGGUCUUGUGAGAUCCCAAAACUCCCUUGGAUUUUGGAUGGCAAUGAGUGCCAGGAAAAACGAUUUUGGCGUUUCAGCGUUAUAACUCAGCAUCCACACCUGCGGCCACUCAAACCGUAUGGAUCAAGCGGAUACAAAGGACCAUCUAUUUUGGUGGUGAAAUUCCUGUGCCGCUUGAGCAGAGCGAAGGAUGAAGACCAACGAGACGAGGAAGUACAGCUCUCUGCUAGCCAUGGCUUGUGUUGCUGGAGAGCGCGCUCACAUACUCGGGAGUUCCAGCGACUCGAAGCAUUAGCUUUGAAGAAGUCUUUCCGCAAGAAAUUGUCUCGUCGGGACUGUUUCAACGCUAAUUGCUAUUCAAUGCGGCACUGCAAUGUGACCAUAAACACUGCGCGACGCUGCGACGUAGGGAACGAAGAACACGAUUCUGAACCACCAAACCCAAAACUCCUAGAAGCAUUGUGAUCGGCGAUUCUCUUGUUGAACAAGGACGAAAUACUUCCUCCGAAGAGGCAAUACUAUACCUACGUUUAAAUUAUACUCCGGUUUAACUAUCGACCACUAUUUUGUGAGAAAAUUGCAAAUGACGUCGAUGACAUCGAUGAAUCCAG